GUUGUGUCUCGCUUAAGUGAUUCCAUUGGAUAUUUAAACUUUUAAUUUUACAAUUUCCAAGUAAACUUUCCAUUGCUGUUUAAGCAAAGUAUUAUUUUAGACGUUAGUAGUAAGAAAAUGGUCAUGGAGGCAUCCCCUUCUCCACAAAAUGUCGGUCGUGAAUUUGUCCGACAAUAUUAUACCUUACUUAAUCAAGCUCCGGCACACCUUCAUAGGUUUUACAAUCAGCAUUCUUCAUUUGUGCAUGGAGGAUUAGAUUCUAAUAGAGAAUCAACUCCAGCAAUUGGGCAAAAACAAAUACAUCAAAAAAUCCAACAACUAAACUUCAGAGAUUGUCAUGCUAAGAUAAGUCAAGUUGAUUCUCAACUUACUCUUGAAAAUGGCGUUGUUGUGCAAGUAUCUGGAGAAUUAUCUAAUGCGGGACAACCAAUGCGUCGUUUUACACAAACAUUUGUGUUGGCAAUACAAGCACCAAAAACGUACUAUGUACAUAAUGAUAUAUUUCGAUACCAAGACUUAAUUUUUCCUGAUGAAGAAGAAGCAGAUGUAGGUGGUAUAGAAGGAGGUGUAGGUGAGUCUGGUGAGAGGGAAGGGGAAGAGGGAAUACGUUCUGAACCAGAAGAAGAUGAACAUCAAAAUCGAGGACAGCAACUAACAACACCAGCUACAUCUACUGAACUGCAAACUCAGCCACCACUUAUCCCUACACAACAACCUGUGUUGCAACAACAACAACAACAAAUGUACUAUGCUCCACCACCUCAACAGUCCCAUGUACAUCCAGUAAUGCAGCAAGUUUUAAAUGGAUCAGUUCACGAAGAAGCACCGCUAAUUAAUCAACAACCACCACAGCAACAGCAACAACAGCAACAGCAAACACCUCCACCACCUGCACAGCAGCAUCAAUACAUAACUGAACCUACAACACAAACACAAUUUGUACAAGAAACAGAACUGGAUACUACAACAGCAGAGCAACAACAGCAAACAGAAAAUGAGCCACAAACUCAAUCAAGUGAGAAUCGUGAACAACCUGAGGCCGAAUCAUUUACUGCUUCUGUACAAGAAUCUGAACCAGAACAUCAAGUGACCAAUACAAGUGUGACCAGUAGUGGACCGAAAACAUAUGCCAAUCUUGUGAAAUCGUUUCCCAGUACUACUGGCGCUACUAGUCCACAAGCUCCCAAACUGUCUAUAUCGCCGCCUCCAAUGACAAACUUGCGUUUAGACGACAGAUCACCACUACAUCCAAUUAGUAGUGGACCUGCAGUUUCCACUUCAACUAAUGUUUCCACACCUCAACAGCAGACACAUAGAGUUGGUAAUCAGCAACCACAACAACAGCAUCAGCAACAGCGAGCUCCUAGAGGGGGAGCAGUGCAACGAGAUGGCGAUCGUCGUGGUACAAGACAAAGUCAGUACAGUGAUGCUCACCAACUGUUCCUUGGAAAUUUGCCGCAUAAUGCGUCUGAAGAUGAUUUACGUCAAGUAUUUGAAUCCUAUGGUAGGGUAGUAGAAUUGCGUAUACACAGUAAAUCGAACGAUAGAUGCAAAGGUCCGCAGGGAAAUAACACAGGAAAAGUGCCUAACUAUGGCUUUAUCACAUUCGAAGACCAACAAGUUGUUAGCAAAGUGUUACAAAACGUGAAUGGAGGACCUGGAGGUGUGAUGAGAGGUGGUCAACAUGGCACAAGAGGAGGGCGUGGAGGAUUUUCACGAGGCGGCGAUGGUGGAAGGGGAGGUGGUGGAAUGAGACAGUCUGGUAACCCAAGUAAUCCAAGCUAUCAAAACCGCCGCUAAUAUGUCAAUGUUAAAGGCACUCUCCAGUUUCUUUCUUCUUGAACAAGUCAUCGGUAUAUAACUACCAUCCGCAAUUCCCAACUCAAAAUCCAGGACUAUCUCGUAUGC